GCUUUGGAAAGGUACUACAUGGGACAUUUUGACCGGAAGUGUAGAGUGGCGUAUAAGACGCCCGCUGCGCAUGCGUGAAGCCCUCUUUCACUGUGGGGAUCAUGGCGGGCGAAGCAGAACAGAAGAAGGACAAGAAGACCAAGAAGGUUCCUUCAGUCCCUGAAAGCCUCUUGAAGAAGAGGAAGCACUAUGCCGCCGUCAAGGCCAAGCGCAUCAAGACCAAGCGGGUUGAGAAAAAGGCCCGCAGAGUCACAAGGAAGCUCAUCUUCAAGAGGGCUGAGGCUUACCACAAGGAGUACAGGGAGAUGUACAGGCGCGAGAUCCGUCUGAACAGGAUGGCUCGCAAAGCAGGCAACUUCUACGUCCCUGCCGAGGCCAAGCUGGCUUUUGUUGUGAGGAUCAGAGGUAUCAACGGUGUCAGCCCCAAAGUGCGCAAGGUGCUCCAGCUCCUCCGUCUCCGCCAGAUCUUCAACGGCGUCUUUGUUAAACUCAACAAGGCCUCAAUCAACAUGCUCAGAAUCGCAGAGCCCUACAUUGCUUGGGGUUAUCCCAACCUGAAAUCAGUCCGCGAGCUGAUCUACAAGCGUGGACAUGGCAAGAUCAACAGGCGUCGCAUUCCUCUGACAGACAACGCUCUCAUUGAGAAGAACCUCGGGCGCACUGGAAUCAUCUGUGUCGAGGAUUUGAUCCAUGAGAUCUACACUGUUGGAAAGAACUUCAAAGCUGCCAACAACUUCCUCUGGCCAUUCAAGCUGUCCUCUCCUCAUGGUGGUAUGAACAAGAAGACCACUCACUUUGUGGAGGGAGGAGAUGCUGGAAACCGUGAGGACCAGAUCAACAGAUUGAUCAGGAGGAUGAACUAACACCAUGCAUGGUGCAGGUGCCCAGGGACAUUUUUCCAACAAAUGAAAAUAAACAUUAAAAACCCAAA